AUGAAGACUCAGUCCGAUAACGAAAUGAGUUGCAAGGCUGGGGCGAGGGAGGACACCACUGGCGCGACCAAGCGCCCAGCCAACCCUCUCGCUGACUCUCGGGCGCAGCCAUGGAAGAAGUUUGUGGCCAUCCCAACCGAAACAAACGUGGUCACGUUUGGGAAAGAUGAGAGUAUCCGAAUGAUCGAGUCCCGUGUCGAUGGAAAGAACUUGGGAGGCUAG